GAGAGAGAGAGAGAAAGAGAGAGAGAAAGAGGAAGGAAUAUGGUUUCAUCUGACGCUCCUCCCGUUUCAGCUCGGCUGUAGCGGAUCUGUACCGCGAACAGGAGGUUCAAACCCCCCCUUCACCUGGAGCAACCACCCCUUCCCGUGGACCAACCAGCCUGCAGGAGCACUAACAGCACACCGGGAGACAUAAAUGGUGGAGGCCGUGGUGGAGUUCGACUAUGAGGCUCAGCAGGACGAUGAGUUGAGCCUGACGGUGGGCGACAUCAUCGUGAACAUACGGCGGGAUGAUGGAGGAUGGUGGGAGGGCGAGCUUGGCGGACGCAGGGGGCUUUUCCCAGAUAACUUUGUCAGGGAGAUAAAGAAAGAGGCAAAGAGGGAUGGAGGACAGACCAGCAUGAUCAGAUCGGAGCUUUCCAAUGGAAGGGCCAGCCCCGUGUCCGACUCCAGCGUACGACCGGGCAGGAGAGGAGAGCAGAUCCGUAAGCGACGGUGUAAAGCAGCGUUCAGCUACGUGCCUCAGCAUGAAGACGAGCUAGGGUUGAAAAUAGGAGAUGUCAUUGAGAUCAUCGCAGAGGUAGAGGAGGGUUGGUGGGAGGGGUCUCUAAAUGGGAAGACUGGAAUGUUUCCGUCCAAUUUCACCAAAGAGAUCCUGACAGAGUCGGAGACGCCGUCUUUAGACACGUCUCAGGAGGAGCUGCGAAGCGGCCGCACCAGUAAGGACAGUCCAGGCAGUGAGAGUGAUGGAGCAGACAGUCGGUCAGAAACGGGAUCAGGAGAGAUCCAGCCCAAGAAGGUCAAAGGGUUUGGCUUUGGUGACAUUUUCAAAGAUCAGCCCAUCAAGCUCAGACCACGGUCUAUAGACGUGGACUCAGAGGUCAACGAGAAAGCAGCGAGCGGGGCUCCUGAAAGCAUGAAGACUGAACCUGACAGCAAAGCCAAAGGACGGGAGCAAUGUAAGGUCCUCUUUCCAUAUGAAGCACAAAAUGAAGACGAGCUUUCACUCAAAGAGGGAGAAAUCGUCAACAUCAUCACCAGGGACUGUGCAGAUGCAGGCUGGUGGAUGGGGGAGAUCGGGGGAAGGCAAGGUGUUUUUCCAGAUAACUUUGUCAAGCUGCUAGAACUGGAGAAAGAGAGACCAAAGAAGCCGCCUCCCCCCAGUGCACCCUCAGCGAAACACAACACAGAGAAAAAGUCGGAGGUUAAGAAGGUUCCUCCUGAGCGACCUGAACAUCUGCCACAGAGGGACCAGGAUCGAGGUGAAGAGGGCAAGUUUGGAGAAAUCCCCAAGCCAUCCCUCCCAUCCAUCCUCCCAAAGAAACCCCUCCCCCCAAAGACUAGCUCCUCCUCUUCCUCCUCACAACCUCCGCGGCGCCCAGAGAGACCGCCCACUUUAGCGUGUGAAAGCCCCAAGUCUGAGGGCGGGGCUUCGACACCAGAUUCUGCCCCUGACAGGUCACAUGACACUGAUGCGGACCUGGACGCCGUGGUGUUGUCGACGGAGAAGCUGAGUCAUCCGACGGCAUCUAGGCCUCGAGUCACAGACCGCCGGCCUCGCUCACAGAUCAUCUCAACAUCUUCCUUGUCCAGUAUUGAUAUGGACCCACCUGUAGCGGAGGACAGAAAGGACAGACGGAGGGAGGAACCAGAGACAGUCACCCUCAAACCUUUGGAAGUUACCCUGAGGAAAGGACUGCACAACAUCUCUGUACCUGACAGUAAAGCACCACUGCCCGUCAAGCCUUCUGUCCUGACCCCGCCCAACUCCAGCCAGCGCCCUGUGUCCCCGUCUUCCUCCUCGGGUCUGACCCCCUCCCCCGAGCUCCGCCAUUCACCUCUGACCCCCCCAACACUUGAGGAACUCAGGAACCAGCUGAGAGACCUGAGGUCCUCUGUAGAACUGCUGAAGAGCCAGCACAGGCAGGAGAUGAAGCAUUUGUCGAACGCAUUAGAUGAAGAGAAGAAGAUUCGUCUUAGUUUACAGAUGGAAGUAGAGCACAUAAAGAAGAACCUGUCAAAAUGAAGAAUUUAUCAUUGUCAUCAGUGCACUAUGACCGACACAUCAGAGGCCGGCGUUUGAAAACAUUCUCACUGUUGGCCCGAGAAACUACAGCCAAAACAAAGUUUGUGCCAAAUGAUCGUCAAGGUCAACAUCAGCAACAACACAUCAAUAUUGAAACAGCCACCUUCCCCUCCCCCGACGCCGCCUUAUCCUGUGUUUUUCUUUUCUUUCAUUUUUUUCUGUUGAAGAGGCUUCUCUGUUAAGUUUACUGCUAUCUUGUCGAUUACUUGUUGUGCCACUGGUACUGACUGACCCGAGUCCUGUGGCGGUGUGUGUUGCCACAAUGAUGUCACGGCUGCCUCGGCGGUCUCACUGGUACUUUUUAAUGUAGAAGUAUGAAGGAAACUCGGAAAAAUCGACAUCCGUAGCCCAGUUGGUUCAGACGACCUCUGUGCUGUUCUGUGUCCACUCUGCGGCCUUUGCCUCAUAUCAAUACGUGUGUGUGUGUGUGAGUGUGUUCUUAUUUUUCCUACAAAAUGGGGACAGGAGUUUUAAUCCAACAUAAUGGGGACCUUUUGUAAAGCUAGGUUGUUUUGGCCAGACCUGAUCUCUUAUUGUAAGGUUUAGGAUUUUGGUCGAUCAAAACAUUACACUUGAAGAAGGCGCAUCAUUAGCAUUAGUGUUAAUGGACACACAAUGGACCUUGAUGUUUCUGUGGUACACUGCAGGCUGGUGAUUUUGAAGCAUCAGAACAAGCGUUGAUUCAUUUACCUGCAGCUCUUUCUUCUUAGUGUCAUAAAUUUGUGGUUAAAUGUUUUAGCUAUAUGGAGGUUAAACUUAAAAGCACAUCACGACUCUUCCUCCAUCAUUUUAAAAUGAAAUGAAAAUCCUACCAACAUGACAAGUUGUAGCCUACUGUAGGUGCUAUUUUCAAAAUGUACAUUUCGAGAAAGUGGCUGUUAUCCUUGGGAGUUAUAUCACAAGAUCUGUAAUGUAUUCAAUUCAGCUAUUGAUUGCAGCUCAGUAGCUUAGCAUAGUAGAAAUAAUUUAUUUGACAAAAUGCAAAUAGAAAUUUGACUGAAAAUAAAAGAUAAAAAAAAAGAUUAUGCACAGAAAAGCACAUGAAACUGUGUGCACAUACCCUAUAUGUAUUAUUUGUUUUGUUAAGAGUAUUGCCUUCCGGACAAAAAAUCAUCAUUUUAUCUUUUUGCUUUUGAAGUUUUUGCUUCAUGACUCCAGAAACGUAAAGAAACAACUGUGCUGGUUGCAUCAUAUCCCCCAAGAUAACAAAAGAAUUGUUCAUAUGCAUCUGAUGUUCCUGGUGCUCUUUUGGUAGCAGGGAAAAGUUAAAGACAGGGUUUGAGGAAUGUAGUCACUGAAAGGACCUCACAGGUUAAUGAAGAAAAAUGUGUGUGUGUGUGUGUGCAUGUGUGUGUGUGGUUGCAUGUACGGCUGUUUGCCUCCCUUCCUUAUAUGUGCACAGAAUCUAUGGCAACCCGUCACUGUGGCCUUCCUGUUUUGACUCCAAAUAUUUGUUCUUCCUUUCUUUCUUUCUUUCUUUCUUUCUUUCUUUCUUUCUUUCUUUCGUAUGACAACAAGAAAACUGCUACAACUGAGGCUACAAGUUGUUUUCUUGACUUGGUCCUUUCUCUCCAGGAUAGUGAUAAAUAUAUACUUUUAUAUUUCAGUGUAAUAAAGAUGCUAUUAUGUACUGUA